AUGUCUUCGAAUGGACUCAAUCGACGCGAAAGAGUUGUCGAUAGGAAUGGCGACACAAAUGAGGAGAACGUGUCUCGAGUGGUGUCUCAAGAAGUUUCGCCCGAAAGACCACAAAACCAGAGUAUUAUGAAGCGAGUGAUGAGUCUAAUGGCACUCUCGAUGGCUAUUCUUGUAGUGGUUUACUACACGACUCAAUGCAAUGACACCAAAGAACUAAUGAUGGCUUCGGCCACUCAAUCCAUAACGGGUUCGCCGGUCGGACAACAAGUGAUAUGCGGACGUUUUGUGUCCGAUUCGGUGAUCACUGAAUCGGAAGUCAAACACUUGUUGUCAGUGACGAAGAGAGGCCUAUCAUUGGGCGGCUCUUCGGGCGGCGCCUCUUUCUUCAGCUUACAUUCGGGCGACCUUUCGAUGGCAACUAAUUUCGUGAAGAUCUAUAAACUCAUGGAUAGUACACAACAAACGGAAGAGCUGUUCACCGAAAAAGACUUUGAAGUCUACAGAACUGUGACGAACAGAAUCCGCAAAACGAUUGCAAUUCAUUUCGGCAUCUCUUCGGCUCAGCUCUACAUAACGAUUAUGACUGUCUUCCGAAGAAGGAACGUAAAGUGCGAACAAUUCACUUCUUCGCUGUAUUUGUCGACAUAUGGCGCGGACUUCUCCGGCGGACGCCUUAUAUUGACGGACGAGAAGUCGAACCAAACAAUUGAGCCUAAGUUGGGACGAGUCUCGGGCUUCACGUCGGGCUCAGAGAACGAGCACUUCGUCGAGAGGGUCACCAACGGGACGAGAUAUGCUUUGGUUAUGGCCUUCACCUGUGACCCCGAGUUCGCCGCCAAAGAUCCACAGAUU